UCAUUAUGCCGAAUUACCUUAUUUUGCCCCGUUCAAAAAUACGGAUCAUGCUGUGUGAGGCCUUACUUAAUUAGGCCGUGUUCAUGCCGUACUCGGGCCGGCACCAAAUUACCUUAUUCUCCCUCUUUCUCCUCCACCUCUACCUGCUCAGAGAUCGCACUGCCGCGACGAAAACCAGGAUAACAGAGGCGAAACCCUCGCAGGUGGGUUUCAGAUUCCGAAGAUUUGAGCUUCAGACUCAGAGACGCUGAAGAUGAUUAUGAGGAUGUGGAGAUCUGCUUCUGCUUAUCGCAACCUACGCAGACACAGAGGAGGUUUGCCUUUUCUUGAAUCUAGUGUUUUCUUCAACAAUUACUUGGGGGCUUUGUUUCAUUCUCAAUGUUUAGAGCGAAGAAAAUAUAAAAACAUAUACAAGGCUCGGCAUUUUGAGAGCAACUCAAACUCACCCGAAAUCACUGAUCUUGAGGACGCUUUGAAUUUGUUCAAUUCGAUGCUUCAAACGCGUCCUCUGCCUUCAGUUGUCGAUUUCAAUCCAUUAUUGGGUCAAGUUGCGAAACUGAAACAUUAUUCUGCUGCCAUCUCUUUGUGUAAGCAAAUGGAUCUGUUGCCAAUUCUUCCUAAUGUCUCUACUCUAAACAUUAUGAUCAACUGCUUUUGUCAUCUGGGCCAAAUGGGCUGUAGCUUAUCGGUCUUGGCGAAGUUGUUCAAGUUCGGUUUUCAACCCGACGCUGCCACCUACAACACUCUAAUCAAGGGCUUCGUUAUGGAGGAUAGAAUUUCUGAGGCAGCAGCACUUUUCAGUAAAAUGCUGGAGGACGCGCCCUCAUAUUCCUUUACCAAAUUAGGACAUCCUAAUGCCAGGACACAUAUCUUUACUCAUUUAGGACAACCUAAUGUCAGGACGUAUACGGUAAUGAUUAGCGGACUUUGUAGCAAGGGCCGAAUUAGUGAAGCGGAAAACUUACUUACACUAAUGAAGGAGAGAGGUUGUUCUCCAAAUGGCUACACCUACAACACACUUAUCCGAGGGUGUAUCAAUAAUAAAGAGACAUCAAGGGCGUUCAGACUUGUUCAAGAAAUGGCAGACAUGGGUUUCUCUGCGGAUGAUUCAAUCAUGAAGUGGGUAGUUGAUUUAUUGUCUAAGGAUAAAUUAGAUCCUGAAUUGGUUAAACGUAUUUGGUAUUUUAAAUUAUUUUACACAAUGCUUAAACCCUAAGAAUCACUCCAUAUAGAAGCUAGCUGUGCUUCAGAAACUUCUUUUCCUUCAUUUUUUUUUGGGUGAAAUUGGGUGGGGGGUGAGGGGGUUACUUUUCCUUCAUUUUUCCUAUUAAAGUU